AUGGGUUUGGGUUUGCUGUGUAUGGGUUUGCAGUGUGUGGUUUAUGGAAAAAAUGCAGGGGUUGUGGUUUUCUAUGGAUGGGUUGCCUGGCGAAGAGAUUGGGAAGGAAACGGGCGCGAAGGGCGCCUUCGGCUUGAGAAAAGAAUGGUGAUUCUUUGCUGUGACAGUGGUCGCGCAACCAUUAGGGUAGACAAGGCAGGAGACUUAGAGAGAGAGAGGGGAGCUGCAAUCUAUAGGAAAGAGGCUCGCUGCUUGGGACCAUAUCUCUACAGAGAGUGUCCACUGAUCGAUCUCCCUCAGGACCGGGCUGAGUGGUGUUGUAUCUACAGGGUGCCCAAUUCGUUUCGAAAGGUAAGACCGAAAGCCUACACUCCAAAACUGAUUUCAAUAGGUCCUCUUCACCGCGGCGAUGAAAGACUAAAGGAUAUGGAAGAGCAAAAAUUGAGAUAUUUCAAAGGGUUUUCUGAACGGGAUGGGAUAUAUAAGAAGAAAAUCGAGGAUCUUUUGAUCAUCAUUCAGGAUAAAGAAGCGCGUAUCCGAGCCAGUUAUUCAGAGAACUUCAGCGAAAUUACAAGCAGUGAGUUCAUAGAGAUGAUUCUGUUGGAUGCAGUCUUCAUUAUUGAGUUUUUGGAGGAUUCAAAUGAUAUUGAACAUUAUUCUGAAAGUGUUAAGCCCUGGAUGAUAUUUGACAUACGAGAAGACUUGAUGCUACUUGAAAACCAACUACCUUUCUUCAUUAUUAAGGAAAUAUAUGAGAAGGGCUUUCGCAAACAGGCAACAUGCUUUCCUUUUCUUGAUCUUGCUAACGUUUAUUUGGGAAAGUACACGUGUUCACAAGCGCUGCAAAACACCGGCCGGGAUGUAGAGGGAAGCAGGCAUUUCACUGAUUUACUAAGGAAUUUUAUGUUGAAGGGAGCCAUUCAGCCACGUUGUAAUUUUAAUCCUAUCAAGCUGAAAUAUAAUGCCGUCAUGCUUCGCGAGGCAGGGGUGAAGUUUCAGGUAACCGAAGACAAAUGUUUGGUCAACAUAACAUUUGAGGAAGGAGUGUUGAAAAUACCACGCUUGGAAGUUGAUUACUGCUUCGAACGUCUUGUACGAAAUAUCAUGGCCUUGGAGCAGUGCUGCUACCCGUUUAAAGCUUACGUAUGCAGUUACAUUAAGUUUAUGGACCAUCUUAUCGACAGUGCAGAAGACGUGGCUUUGCUAGCUGAAAAUGGAAUUAUUCUCAACUGGCUAGGUGACGAUGCCGCAGUUUCAAAUAUGAUUAAUAAGCUUUGCGAAACAAUCACCGGCACUUAUACGUUUUAUGAUGAUAUCUGCGGAAAGAUGAAUGCCCACUAUAAGAACCGCUGGAACCAUAGAAAGGCAACCUUGAAACUUGUAUAUUUCCCCAAUGUUUGGAGAGGUACGGCAACUGUUGCAGCAGCUAUCCUGCUGAUCCUCACUUUGAUACAGACUAUCACUUCCGUAAAAUCGGUAUUCUAGGAUUUUAUCUCGUUUAGUUUCAUUAUUCCUACGUAUGAUUGAUGUAAUUGUUAUUUUCCUUUGAAGAUUGUUUUUAAACUCUGGGUAUGUGUAUUUCUGAACUAAUAAUGUUGUUGCAAAUUCUUGUUGUUGUAUUGUGUUAGAGAAUAAUAUAGAUCAUAUCUUGGGAUCUCA